GGCUUGACCCUGUCCGUCUCCGCUUAGGGCGUCAAUAGUCGGGAUAGCUUCACACCCUGAGUCGACCGUCGGCUCUCCACACUCCCCUGUCAUGCGGCCCCUCGCCGUGAGCUUGGGCUUGUUGCACUGAUGCUCGGCCUGGUUUCUUUCCCCUUCGGGAUGGCCAUCGGGCUGGCCGCCAUCCCCCCUUGUCCCGAGGGGAUGGCCCGAGAAGUAUAAGGACCAGACUCCCUCGUGUCGAAUCUCCUUCCCAAUCAUCCAUCGUGCGACUUUAAUUCAUUCGCAUCGGUCAGCCAGCACAUGUCUACGUCCCAUGGCGCUAAGUCCAAUUCCCUCCGAACACGAUUAUCAGCGAAGCUCUCCUUCAAUGGACUGGUCCGAUCAGUCGCCCAUCGCUUCCCCCGACUGUUUCCCCGCAAAAUCUCUCUGGCUGGACACAACUGAACUUCAAUCCGGUUCUAGACCUUUGAAUAUGUCUCCAACAGGCGGCGGGCCAUCCACGCCCGCGUCGUCUUCUACCCCUUCGACCAAAUACUCGUCCACUGCUACCGAACCGCCUGCAUCUGUUGCUGCUGCAAGACAGCAACAGCAUCCGCAACAUUCUUCCUGGUCGAUCCCGCCGGACACGGCCGCCAAUCCAUCAGCAGAUCCGUCCUCGACUCCGAUCGACCUGCUGGACACAUGGUAUCCGCAGUAUCUACGCUGCACGCAGUACUUCCUCGAGCAAGGCCAGUUCUCACCCGCGGUUCUAUCGCUGGCCGCGUUUCUGAACAUCCGUCUACCGUGCCAGCGGGUCGAGCGGCAAGAAACCUCCUCCUCGGACGCAGGGGGGCGAACAGCAGCAGCAGCAGCACAUGUGCAGCUGCGGCGGUACGUCCGGCGACUCGUGGUGACGGCGCACGACAGCCCGGAGGUGCUGCAGGCCUUCUUCGGGGCGGAGUGGGCGGGCGGGGUGGGCUGUGUGGUGCAGCAGGAGCGGCAGACGUACCUGUUUACGGCGAAGAGCAGCGGGUGGGCGGCGACCAAAGCGGCGUACGACCUGCUGCCGGACGAGCAGACGCCCUUCCUGCGUCCGCUGCGGGCGCCGGCGGAGGAGGAGUUGCGGCUGGCGGAAUCGCGGUGGAGUGACUGGCUGGCGAUGGAGGAUUGGAUGGUGGGGCCUCGGAGUCCGUGGAGGGAUUCAUGAUGAUCUACGACUUUUCUUUUCUGGCGCUACGUUUCCUAUGUUCGUUUCGAUUUUCAUUUGUUAGAUUGGCACUGCAGCCGAACAUGAUUUCUGCAGCCGAACAUGAUUACUGCAAUCGCAAAAAUGAUAGAAGGAUCAUCAUAUAGGUCUAUCUCCUUCCUGUAUCCGGGUUAGC